AGAGGCCGGCCGACCGCGAGGCCGUGAGAAAGUGGGCGAGUGGGCGCGGACGCGCGGCCUGGCUGCGGGAGCCGGCGGCGAGGAGAAAAGGAGGCGGCUCCCAGCAUCCCGCCCCCCUCCCCCUCCUCAGCGGACUUCCCGCGGCCCGCGUUAGCUCGGAGGCGGCGGCCUGCGGGGCAGGCGAGGGAGGAGCCGGCGGCCAGAUAAAAUAAUUCAGAAAAGGAAGAAGCAGCAGAUCCAAGAUGUGUAGCCCUGUGGCUGCCAAGCUGUGGUUUUUGACCGAUCGUCGCAUCAGGGACGACUAUCCGCAAAAAGAGAUCUUACGAGCUUUGAAGGCCAAAUGUUGUGAGGAGGACCUGGACUUUAGGGCUGUGGUGAUAGACGAGGUGGUGCUGACAGUCGAGCAAGGAAAUCUGGGUCUGCGGAUCAAUGGAGAGCUAAUCUCUGCCUACCCACAAGUGGUGGUAGUGAGAGUUCCAACCCCGUGGGUGCAAAGUGAUAGUGAUAUCACUGUUUUGCGCCACCUAGAGAAGAUGGGGUGCCGAUUGAUGAACCGACCUCAAGCCAUCCUGAACUGUGUUAAUAAGUUCUGGACAUUUCAAGAAUUAGCUGGCCAUGGUGUACCUCUACCAGAUACUUUUUCUUACGGUGGCCAUGAAAACUUUGCUAAAAUGAUUGAUGAAGCUGAAGUGUUGGAGUUCCCGAUGGUAGUGAAGAAUACUCGGGGCCAUAGAGGCAAAGCUGUUUUCUUGGCACGAGAUAAGCACCAUUUAGCUGAUCUAAGCCAUCUUAUUCGUCAUGAAGCUCCAUAUUUAUUCCAGAAAUACAUUAAAGAGUCUCAUGGAAGAGAUGUACGAGUCAUUGUUGUGGGAGGCCGUGUAGUUGGCACCAUGUUACGUUGUUCAACAGAUGGAAGGAUGCAAAGCAACUGUUCACUAGGUGGUGUGGGGAUGAUGUGCUCAUUGAGUGAACAAGGGAAGCAGCUAGCCAUCCAGGUGUCAAAUAUCCUGGGGAUGGAUGUGUGUGGCAUUGACCUGUUGAUGAAAGAUGACGGCUCCUUCUGUGUCUGCGAGGCCAAUGCAAAUGUAGGUUUCAUCGCCUUUGAUAAGGCUUGUAAUCUAGAUGUAGCUGGUAUCAUAGCAGACUAUGCUGCCUCCCUUCUGCCCGCUGGCCGGCUCACCCGGCGCAUGUCCCUGCUCUCUGUGGUGUCCACGGCCAGUGAGACUAGUGAGCCGGAGCUUGGUCCCCCUGCCAGCGCUGCUGUCGACAACAUGAGCGCAAGUUCCAGCUCUGUCGAUAGCGACCCUGAAAGCACCACCGAGCGAGAGCUGCUCACGAAGCUCCCAGGGGGGCUGUUCAACAUGAACCAGCUGCUAGCCAAUGAAAUCAAACUCCUGGUGGAGUGACUCCACCGGUAAAUAAUUAACCAACAAAAUCCUUGUGAAACUGUCUCCCUGCACCCCAUCCCCUUCCCCUUUAACCAACUUGCAAUGCUGUUCAUGGAGGCUGCUCAAGAGGUUGAGAGAAAGCCUUUUCAGGAGCCAAAAUAUACAAAUACAAACAAACAAAAAAUACUCAGAGAAAACACUUUCCUUCUUCCCCCUUCCUGAUGAUGAGUGAGACGUUUUGAGAGCUUUGGGGUCAGUGCCCUUCUAAACUUCCCCUCCCCCAGUAAUGCAGCUGUGCAGUGAGUGCUCAGUGCAGCGGCUCGGACCAGGCACAGCCCAGCCUGCUGGCAGCAGAGAGAUAAACGGGUAGGUGGCAGCAGAGAAAGGAAUUCUUCAGACUGAUGGCUAUUGACAGUAAACCUGCAUAGGAGAAGAUAGCAUGUGACACAGCACAUGGAGCAAGGAAGGGCAGUGGUGAAA